CCGCUUCCCUUCUUUCUUCCUGGCCCUAUGGAGCAGCCCCCCCCGGCGCCCGACCAUGCCUAGGAAAGCGGGGAAUGGGCAGCUCCCCUUACCCGAUGGCUGGGAGGAGGCGCGGGAUUACGACGGCAAAGUCUUUUACAUCGAUCACAACACCAAGCAGACCAGCUGGAUCGACCCCCGGGACAGGUUAACAAAGCCUUUGUCAUUUGCGGAUUGUGUUGGGGAUGAACUACCAUGGGGAUGGGAGGCUGCAUAUGACCCUCAGAUUGGUGUCUACUAUAUCGAUCACAUCAACAAAACCACGCAGAUAGAAGAUCCCCGAAAACAAUGGAGGCAAGAACAAGAGAGAAUGCUCAAAGACUAUCUCACGGUAGCACAGGAUGCACUCAGCACCCAGAAAGAACUGUACCAGGUGAAGGAACAGAGGCUAGCCCUCGCCCUGGAUGAGUAUGUACGUCUAAAUGAUGCCUACAAAGAAAAAUCAAGCUCUCGUACAAGUUUAUUCUCAAGCUCAUCAUCCAGCACAAAAUAUGACCCUGACAUUCUGAAGGCGGAAAUCUCCACUACAAGAUUACGGGUUAAGAAGCUAAAGAGAGAACUCUUUCACAUGAAGCAAGAACUACUCUACAAAGAACAGGGCUUUGAAACAUUGCAACAAAUUGACCAAAAAAUGUCUGGAGGUCAGAGUGGAUACGAACUAAGUGAAGCCAAAGCCAUUCUGAGUGAGCUGAAGUCUAUCAGAAAGGCCAUAAGCUCAGGAGAAAGAGAAAAACAAGAUUUAAUGCAGAGCCUUGCAAAGUUGAGAGAACGAUUUCACCUUGACCAGACUGUUGGGAUAUCUGAACCAGAUUUGAGGUCCAGCUCUGUAAACUCUCAGUUGUCCCUCUCUAGACAGACUCUGGAUGCAGGGUCUCAGACAGACAUUUCUGGUGAUAUUGGAGUGAAAAGUAGAUCAAAUUUAGCUGAAAAAGUCCGACUAAGUCUUCAAUAUGAAGAGGCAAAAAGAAGUAUGGCAAACUUAAAGAUUGAACUAUCUAAAUUAGAUAGUGAAACCUGGCCUGGGGCACUGGAUAUUGAGAAGGAAAAACUGAUGCUGAUCAAUGAAAAGGAAGAGCUUUUAAAAGAACUCCAAUUUGUUACACCACGGAAACGCACUCAAGAUGAGUUAGAGCACCUGGAAGCAGAAAGAAAGAGGCUGGAAGAAGAACUGCUAUCUGUGAAAAGCACUCCUAGUCAAGCACUUGCUGAGAGGUUGAAAUUGGAAGAGAGAAGAAAAGAGUUAGUUCAGAAACUUGAAGAAACUACGAAGUUAACUACUUAUUUGCAUUCACAGCUUAAAAGCCUCUCUGCCAGCACGUUAUCUAUGUCUUCAGGGAGCAGCCUGGGAUCUCUGGCAUCCAGUCGGGGAUCUCUCAACACAUCCAGCAGGGGGUCACUAAACUCUCUCAGCUCCACGGAACUCUAUUAUAACCAAGGCGAUCAAAUAACAGACUUGGACUAUCAGUAUAAACUUGACUACAUAUUGCAAGAAAAGUGUGGUUACAUUCCUUCUGGGCCCAUCACUACUAUUCAUGAAAAUGAAGUGGUCAAGUCCCAUGGGAGACUGCGUUACAAUGACUCUUCUGGAUCUUUGGCAGCAGGCCAUGCUCCAAAAUUGACUGAGCCACCCAAAUCUGUGACAUCGCUAUCUUCAAGAUCUUCCCUUUCUUCCUUGUCCCCGCCAGGGUCUCCUUUGGUUUUAGAUGGGGCAUUUUCAGUGUCUGCCCAAGAGUCCCCCCUGCACCAUCUCAUAACAGACUUUGAAGACUGUGAAUUGCCUGGUGAUUUUGCAGGCAUUAGUCUCUGUGAGAACCGAAUGUCAUUGGACUCUGAAGCCAGAGCAACGUCACAAGUUCUUACAGAUGAAAAAGAUCUCAAUGAAAGUGUUAGGCAGCCUUUGUCAACUUUACGUGAAGGAAAUGCAGGUGUCGACUUACCAAGAAGAGCAGUAAGUCAGCUACUUGAGGAGAAAGCAACUUGUGUAUCUGCUGCAGUGUCUGAUGAGUCUGUGGCUGGAGACAGUGGUGUAUAUGAAGCUUCUGUAAAACAACCAAAUGAAACUGAAGAUGCUGUAUAUAGUGAAGAUGAUGCAACAAUUUUAGAGGCUGCCCAGGUGCAAAUAGGACUUAGGUAUGAUCGCAGCAGUUCAAGUUUUGUGAUAAUUGUAGUGCAGCUCAGAAAUCUUCAUGCCUUCUCUGUCCCGUUUGGUUCCAGAGUGUAUUUUAGGGUAGCAGUACUUCCAUCCUCAGUUGAUAUCAGCUGUCUCUUCCGCACUAAAGUCCAUCCUGCUAUGGAAACCAUUUUAUUUAAUGAGAUAUUCAGAGUAGCCAUUUCCCAAGAAGCUUUGCAGCAGAAGACGUUGCGUGUAGAUGUCUGUACUGUCAAUAAAACUCGACGGGAAGAAUGCCUGGCUGGAACUCAGCUCAGCCUUGCAGACUUAUCGCUUUCUAAUGAGACCAAUACUCUGUGGUAUAAUCUGCUGCCCUGCAAGCAAAUUCCUGGUAAAAGCAAGGAACAAAAUGAGGAAUCCAUGUUUCUGCCUUACAAGCAAUUACCAGGCUCGUUGGACUUGGAUGCUGUCUCAGCUCUGCUGGAGAGAACGUCUGCUGAGCUGGAAGCUGUGGAGCAAGAACUGGCAGAGGAAGAGGAGGAGGAGGAAGAGGAAGAAGACAGGCAGGACCACAGAGGCGCUGACGAAGACUGGUUGGAAAUGCUAGCAGAGGCGUCAGAUGAAAUUGUGCAUGAAGAGGAGGAUGGAAUUAAACUGGCAGAGGAAGACAGAUACACAAAUAACUUGAGAUUAUGCACAGAUACAGCAGAGACAGAUGAAAACCAGGGUGGGGAAGAAAGUGACCAUGCUGUUGCCCCUGGCAAUCAGCUAGCUGCUGUAGUACCGACACUGGUUGAUAAAGAGACUAACACCGAGGAAGCAGUUAAUGAGAAUGUGGCAGUCCGACCCAAGGAUAGAGGCAGCUUGAGCUCUAGACAGCGUCCCUUUGUCAGGAACAGCAUGAUCGUGCGCUCACAAACCUUCUCUCCAGGAGAGCGGAACCAGUACAUCUGUAGGCUGAAUCGAAGUGACAGUGACAGCUCAACACUGGCCAAAAAAUCUCUCUUUGUAAGAAAUGCCACAGAACGACGGAGCCUGAGAGUUAAAAGGCCUGUGUGCCAGUCAAUCAUGCGAAGAGCUACGCAAGAGCACCCUGUACGCACUUCUCUUGACUUGGAGCUGGACCUCCAGGCAUCUCGGACACGACAGAAUCGUCUGAACGAUGAACUUCAGGCACUGCGCGAUCUUAAACAGAAGCUUGAGGAGAUGAAAGCCAGAGGAGAGACUGACCUUCCCCAGUGUGUGUUGGAGGAUGAGAGAUUCCAGAAGCUCUUGAAACAAGCUGAAAAGCAGGCUGAACAAUCAAAGGAAGAACAGAAACAAGGUUUAAGUGCUGAAAAAUUGAUGAGAAAAGCUUCCAAGGAUGUGUGUCGGUUACGGGAACAGAGCCAGAAAGUGCCACUGCAGGUGCAGUCAUUCAGGGAGAAGAUAGCUUACUUCACAAGAGCAAAGAUCAACAUACCAUCCCUACCAGCAGAUGAUGUAUAAUUACAUUUUAUAUUGAAGUAUUUUUCCACUUGCUCAUCUUUUUUAGAUGAACUUUUUGUAGUUAGAGCUACCUGCUUUUAGAGAUCUUCUAUUUUACCCUCAACUAUAGAGAUGUUCAUUUGUAAAAUACAGCGAACUGAAUUCUUGUAUGUUAAAAGGCACAAAAAAAUAAACAGAACAACAAACCAUAAUUACCAGAAAACCAAAGUAGAACAAUUCUGGUACACCAUGCUAAUUUUGUACAGGUUGUAUGUAUCGCGUGUGUGCUCUUAUUUUGUAAAGAUGGAACAAAGGAAAGCGUGUAUCCUGUUGAACCGCACUGUGUUGAGAAAUAUUACGUUCAACAGAAGAUUGUUUAUUGUUUCACUAUUUUCACGUGAUCAGACUGUGAAGAUGGCUGUUACGCCAUGCAAUAUUUUUGUACAAGUGUGACUUUUAUAGUUUGAAAUUAACCACAAAUGCAUGCUCCUUUCCAAAACAGCAAGGCUGCCUCAUAACAGGUGCUGUUUAGAUUUCCAUCACCUGCAUUGGGAUUUUGUUUCUGAAAACAAUUUCCUGACUGUCCUUUUUAUUUCUGUGAAGAAGGAUCAUGGAGUACUGAGUGCAGGCGUAUAAUUUUGUAAAUGUAUAGUACAUUGGGAUGCACUGUACAGUACUUUGCAUCUGCAUGGUGGGGAAGGAGAAGGAAAGGGCAAACCAGUAACCCUAAAGCCUCUUAUAGUGAAACUACCAAAAGGGCAGCUGCUUUCUGAAUUGAAGCUGAAUCAAAUUAACAUCAAGGUGUUUAAAUAUGAGUAGUCAUACCACGGCACUGUAAAAUUUUACAUGUAAAUGUACCCUUUUGGCCUAAAUGUUGUCUACUUUUGCUAUCAAGCUGUAUGUUAAAAAAGAUCAGAUUCAUGAAAAUUUAAAUCUGUGCUGUUGUGAGACAAGGAAAAACUACCCAUCAAAUUCAUAAUUAAUCCACUGACUCAAGUACCUAAAGUGUUUUGUUGGUAUACAGAUCUAUCCUGGAAAACUGAUCUAGAAAACUUAAAAUAUUUCCUUAGGAUACAUACUACAGAUCUCAAUUUUUUUUAAAAGGUAAAUAAAACACAAGCUGUCUUUCAGAAUAAGGCUGGUUCAAGUUUAAAAAGCAUAAGGAAUGAAAAUGAACGGUCUAUCAAAACAGAAUUUUAGCUUACCAGAUCUUUGUGUUAUAAAAUGUGGAUGUGCUUGUCAUAGUCCCUGAGGAAGAUUGCUACUGCAUCAGAUCUGGAAUAAUGCAUCUAUGACAAAUUGUCUGGUUGAGCUUGUCACCAAAAUGAUAUAACUAAACUUGUAUCUACAAUACAUAAUUUCUGAAGGUUUUUUUAAGUUAAAGUCAAAGACUUUUUUUUUUUUAAUUCUAUAGAUAGAAUCUUUGUCCUUAACCUACAUACGAUGUUGAUGGGCCAACUACACGCAGUACUUCACUUUCCAGAAAGUAAUUAGUCUGUUGAAAGAUGAAGAGAACAUAGCUACAGUAUGUUUGUGAAUGUCUUCUGAGUUCAGAGUAAGAAGAUCCUGUGCCUAGAAUUUUUUGUUAAGCUCCACCAAGGAUUCUGUUAUGCAACAAUACAUAUAUUAAUUCAUAUCCUUUAAAUGUAUAACCAGAUGCCACACGGUUUUGAACAAGUGCCAGUCAGGCCAACUGUCUGAGCAUAAUUCUUCGUGGAUAUCCAUUUAUUGCUGUUCUUUUUAUAAAAAAAAAAAAAAAAAGAAAGACUACUAGAAA